AUGUCAAACAAGGAAUUAUUACUACGUGUUGAACACGUGAAAUAUCGUAUGCCAGGUGCUGCUAAAUCACCUGUUGGCACAUUUUAUGUUUACGAAGAUCGGGUUGAGUGGUUGGAUAAUGCUUCGGAUGAAAAGCUCGUUGUCUUUUUCAAUGAUAUUAGAGGACAGCGGAUCUCGCCACCAAACAAAACAAAAACGCAGCUCCAAAUAUGCAAGCAUAACGACGAACAAGCAACAUUUGUUUUCGUUAACCCACUUGGCAAGGAGAUGCAUAUAAAGGAUCGCGAUUUAGUAAAAGAAAUGUUACAACAAGCGCUUAUACAUCACAGGCAGAUUGUUAGUCAAAAUGCUGCACAGUCGUUGAAGUACAGUAAAGCAAAAGAAUUAGAAGCAAAGAAGAAGAUUUUAGAGCGCAACAAGCAUUUGCAAGAAUUAUACAAACAUUUGGUUGCGUCGAAACUGAUAUCUGCUCAAGAUUUCUGGAGCGAGUAUUAUCAAAAUAAAGACGCGGAUGGUGGCAAAUUAGGUGUUUCAAGUGGAUUUCUGAGCAGUAUUGCUCAAUCCGAAGGCACGAAUGGAGUCAAGUUAAAUCUCAAUGUUGAUACAAUUCAGAGUAUAUUCAGAACUUACCCAGCAGUUGAAAGGAAACAUCUGGAACUAGUACCGCAUGAAAUGACAGAGCAAGAAUUUUGGGCGAAGUUUUUUCAAUCACAUUACUUUCAUCGUGAACGUGAGGUAGCGCCUAGUCCAUCCGAUCCAUUUUCGGAUUGUAUUAAAGCAGAUAAUGCAGAAAUGCGUAAACUACUCGAUACGAAGAUUGCUCAUAAAACUCUCGAUUUUUCGUACAUCCAUGAUGAUCCUUUAAUUGAUAGCGUACCAUCCUUAUCGCAAUAUGCUUCGUCAUCGAAAGAUAUCUUGAUGAAAAGGUUCAAUUAUCAUUCAGAACGAGUUCUGCUUACUACUGCCGAAAAUGAAGUACUGGCUGUCACCGGUUUGGAAGGACAAGCGAAUGAAGAAAGCACGAAGAUGGGUAAACCGAAAUCAAAAGAAGAGGAUGAAAAUGAAAUAAUAUUAGAAAGUGAGGAACUGAGAUCAGAUAAGCGCGAUGAAGACUUAGAUCUCAUUUCAUUCGCAAUCAAUAAUGUGGUUAGAUCAACAAAACGUUAUACCGAUGAACAAGCACAAGCUUAUCGAGAUAUUGUAUUAAGGGUAUGCGAAGCUAUGUCAGAGAAUGAAGAUUAUGAUGACGAUUUAGAGGACGAUUCGAAUAAUGAUUAUGAAGAUCUCUUAAAAUUGGCCACUGCUGUUACAGAAGCUAGAAACAUUGCACCAGAGUUGACUGCAACAGAUUUGGUUGACUUACAAGCAAUCCACGAUUCUGUUGCCGAGCUAUUAAAGCAUUUUUGGAUGUGUUUUCCGCCGACGAAUCCUGACAUGGAUGAAAAAUUAAAAAGGAUGAAUGUAACUUUACGAAGUUUUGAAGAAAAAAUUACUUCAGCGGAAGAACGAUUUGGAGAAAAAAAUCUUCUACGUUGUCGCCAAAUGCUCAGUUUCUCUUACACGCGUUAUGAUGCAUACUUGCAGAAAAAGAAGAAAUAG